UCCAAAAAAAAAAAUGAUAAGACCAUGAGGAUAUUUGAACCCCUACCUCCAUGUUAGUGCGAAUUUGAGCCCCAACCUUUUAGUGAUAAUAAAGUUAGAGUCGACCACGUGGCUUGGUAAUACUAUCGCCAAGGCCCAUAUCAUCGCUCUGUAAAUUUCCGUAAAGAUCUCUUUAUGCCUAGAAUUUCUCUCCAUGUAUGUCUUCUAUAUUCUAUUGCUUAUAAAAUGAAAAUCUCUUCUUACGCCAAAAGGCUCUCAAAAUUCUCUCUCCGCAUUUCUUUUAUUCUCAAUCUCCCAACGCCUCACUCUCUGUGCGUCCACCCUCUCUCCCCUGCGCAUAAGCUUCUUCUCUCCCAUAAUAUCUCUCCCUCUCCCUUCGCAUAGUUUCUCUCUUUACAAUUUCUAUCCCAUCUCUCUCUAUCAAAAAACACCUACCCUAACGCAAUAACCCUCGACGAUCAGUGUUCUUCUUUCUUAUGGGAAAGUCUCGUCCUGCAAGAACCAGGGAUUCACGUUUUACGCCACACGAGGUUGAGCAAAUGGAAAAGUUGAUUCAGGAAUCCCAACAUGAAUCUUUCGAUCCCAAAUUUUAUCAGUCAAUUACGGAGAAAUUUAACCUUGCUUCAGGUUGUGUUGGAAAGAAUCCCAUUCAUUGGGAGCAGGUUAAAUGUUGGUUUCAAAGCAAGAGACAAACUCCCAAAGACAGAGAUACUUCAUUGCCUGACCCAUCCAAUGAAGUGAUUGUUCUUGAUGACAGCCCUGUAAAGAAUAUGCAUGAGAGCUCUGCGGUUGCGCCUAUCAGUGUUGACAAGGUUUCAGAUCUAUCUGAGUUGGAGUUUGAGGCUAGAUCAGCAAAAGAUGGGGCAUGGUAUGACGUUGCGUUAUUCCUGACGCACAGAAUUCUUCAUUCUGGUGAACCUGAAGUACGUGUCAGGUUUACGGGAUUUGGUGCGGAGGAGGAUGAGUGGGUUAAUGUGAAAAGAGCUGUUCGUCGGAGAUCUAUUCCUUUAGAGUCUUCUGAAUGUGGGAAGGUUAUGCCUGGAGAUCUUGUCCUCUGUUUCCGGGAAGGUGAGAACCUAGCCACCUACUUUGAUGCCCAUGUCAUCGAAGUCCAGAGGAGGCGACAUGACCUAAGGGGUUGUAGGUGUACCUUCUUGGUUCGCUAUGAUCAUGAUCAGGCUGAGGAAAGAGUUCGUCUAAGAAGGGUAUGCCGGCGUCCAUCUUGAGCUUUGUAGCCAUUGCUGCUUCUUGAGGCUUUUUUUUGCUCUGGUAGUAUGCAAUCCUUGUUUCAUUUCUUAACAUAUUUUUGAUGUAUUUUUUAUUGGCGAACAAUGUCAGAUGAAUUUCCUCAUAGAGCAAAUUAGCUUUUUAUCAUGAUGUUUGUUUGAUCCACCUUGUCCUAAUGUAACUUUAAUUUUAUGAAUGUGUGGCUCCGGCUUUUUGCAAA